AGGAACCUCUGCAAACAACAGAUUACAAAGCUGUCAGCAGUGGGAGACAGUUUUAACUGUUCACAUGAGCAUGUGUGGAUGUCCACAAAGGCACUGGGGUGGACAAAAACAAAGGAGCCUAUUUAGCCAUGGGGAGUGAAGCAUGCUGGGUAAUUAAAGGGAGGGUAGAUAAGGGGGCAUUAUGUGGUUAGAUUUCCAGGACAACACCACACAUUGUGUACAAGAGACAAAGCUAUUGUUGUGUCCAGUGUCCAAGCCUGUGGGACUGUGGGUAUAUGGGGGCACGAGUACAGAGAUUCAUUCGGGAAAACGCAAUUAUUUACAAAGUUGUAACCACACAAAUAAUGCACUAGAAAGUGAUGACAUUUGUCUGCAGUGCUGUGAAAAAUAUUACUGUGCAAAAGUAGAAGAACAUGUGACACCGGUGCACAGAAGGUGAAAACAGAGGACCUGAUUUUCAGUCCUGUUCUUGUGUAAUUUGCAUCACCUCAGCCUUUUCUCCCCAUUCACCUUAAGAAUGACUUUACAGGAGACCACUAGGGGGACGUAAGGAAGAUGGCAGCAUAAGCUUGCAGCUCCCGGUCAAAACUCGAAAGAAAACCAGAAUUCGAAUAUUUCCACCGCUAAACCGUGUAAUAAAUGCCAUGAAAGGUGGAAGAAGGUCAAAAAGACAAGGAAACAUUAAGGAUUUUGUGAAACAAGUGGAGCUGACAAGAGGAGGCAACGCAGACAUGUCCGAGAACAGCGUGCAAGGCGAGCAGAUGGAAGGAGAUGUAGCUAGCCACCCCCACGCAGGCUUUCAGGACAUUAUUAAGGAAAUUCACUCACUUAAAGCCGAGUUUAAAACUGAGUUUGCCACGUUUAAGAAAGACAUCAAACAAGAAAUGAAGGACGAAUUCGACAGCUUCAAGAAAGACAUUAAUAUAAAACUGUCAGAAACGGCGAAUGAGCUAGCUAGCCAUGAGACCAGACUCGAAGAAGCUGAGAAAAGACUGGAAGAGAUGGAAAGGUGGAAUUUGGCCGCAAAAGACGCUCUAAUCCAGUCGCUCCAGCAACAACGGAAUAUUCCGAUGAAACUGGCUGACUUGGAAGGCCGUAGCCGACAGAACAACAUUCGCAUUUUUGGCCUAAAAGAGGGCUCUGAAGGAAACUCUGUGCUGCAGUUUGUGGAAGACUUUUUGAGAGCUGAGCUUUCGCUCCCACCGGAUUCUGCUCUAAAUAUUCAGCGGGCGCACAGAGCUCUAGUGCCAAAACCCGGACCAGAAAAACUUCCGCGAUCGGUGGUGAUUAAUUUUCUUCAGUUCUCAACCAAGGAGAUGGUGCUGAAGGCAGCGUGGAAGAAAAAAGUUAUACAUCAGGAUAAGCAGCUUUUCUUUGAUCAUGACUACGCUACCGACGUGAUUCAAAAGAGGAAGGAAUACGCUGGAACUAAGAAAGCCUUAAAAGAGAGAGGAAUUCGCUUCCAGACGCCUCUGACCAGAAUCAGGAUCCACUGGGAGAGCGGCGUCAGGACAUACGACAGUGGCCGGGCGGCGGCGGAGGAGCUAAGGAGGAGAGGAAUACAAGUGGAGGUGCCGCAGCGGAGCGGGGAAAGCGCGAUGCUGGAGGAGCGACUGCAAAACGCAUUAGGAUGGCAGCGAUCUAACACCGAGAACUUAUAAGCAAGGUAGACCGGAAAGUGGUAGGUUUUCUUUUUUUUUUUCUCUAUUUUUUUUAGGAACCUAGGUUGGAUCUCACAGGGGCCCCUAAUCUGAAAGGGAUAUACCCCCCGAACCACAAGGACGCUGUGGGUAAGAAAUACGUAUUUUCAGUUUCUCUUAAGUUUCUUGUUAUCUUGUUCCAAGUUCUUAGAGUUAGUGUGGGAUGCUAUGAUAGUGAUAAGCCAAAAAUAAAACAAAACUUAACAGUGAAAAGAUGAGGAAUAUAACGCUGGUGUCAAUGAAUGUCAAUGGGAUGAAUAACCCAAUUAAAAGAAGUAAAGUGAUACUUAAAAUGAGAAAGCUUAAUGGCAAUGUAAUAUAUCUACAGGAAACACAUCUGUCACAGGAAGAGCAUGAUAAAUUAAAGAAAUUUGGGUACAGAAAUUCUUACUAUAGUACCUGCAAGAAAAGUCAUAAAAGGGGGGUAGCAAUACUUAUUAAAAAUUCAGUUAACUUUGAAUGUUCUAAAGAAAUUGUGCGGCCCUAGUAAGUAUGGAUGCAGAGAAGGCUUUCGACAGUGUAGAUUGGAACUUCCUAUAUGCCGUGCUUGAAAGGUUUGGUUUUAAUGACAGCGCUGUGAUGUGCAUCAAAUCUAUUUACCAAUCUCCUACGGCUCGAAUUAGAAUCAAUGGCAGCCUAACGGAGCAAAUCUCUCGAGAGAGGGGUACCCGCCAGGGUUGUUGCCUCUCACCUCUUCUCUUCGCUCUAUAUACUGAACCCCUGGCACAGGCCAUCCGACAAAGUGAGGAAGUGAGAGGAAUAAAUAUUAAAGGGGAAGACCACAUCAUCAGCUUAUUUGCAGAUGAUAUCAUACUCUACCUAGAAAAUCCAAACCAAACUUUAAUUCUGAUGUUUAAUGUAAUUAAUAUCUUUGCUGAACAUUCGGGGUACAAAGUUAAUGUGACCAAAACUCAGAUACUGGCUUUCAACUAUUUGCCAUCCGAAGAGGUUAAAAAUAAGUUUAAACUGAACUGGACUGCAAAACAAAUAAAAUACUUGGGUGUAACUGUGACUAAACAAUUGAGUGAUCUUUUUAAAACAAAUUAUGAUGGACUGACCACUCAGAUUAAACACGAUCUAAACCGAUGGUCAACUCUUACACUAGACUUUAGUGCAAGAAUCACAACAAUAAAAAUGAGUAUCCUCCCACGGCUAUUGUACCUUUUCCAAUCUCUGCCAGUUAAGAUCCCAGUGGAAAAAUUCAAGGACUGGGAUAGGCUCAUCUCUAGAUUUGUAUGGAAUCAGUAGCGGUUUUUGAUACGGGCGACACGGGCGGUUGCCCGGGGCGGCAUCGUGGUGGGGGGCGGCAUCACGGGCAUCGGCAAAAAAAAAUUAAAAAAAUGCUCGUACUCAUGC